AUGUACCUCACUGGGAGCUGCGUGGUGCUUGGGAUACUUGUGUGGCUGUAUCGGGACAGCAUGGAGAUUGAGAACAUAACUGAGAAGUAUGUCUUCGUGACCGGCUGUGACUCCGGCUUCGGGAACCUGCUGUGCAGAAAGCUCGACCGUAAAGGUUUCCGCGUGCUGGCCGGCUGUCUGACAGAGAAGGGAGCGGACGACCUGAAGAGGGUGGCCGGGCCCUACUUGAAGACCACCCUGCUGGACGUGACCAGUCAGGACAGCAUCCAGAAAGCCAUGGAGUGGACCAAGAAGGAGGUCGGCGACAAGGGGCUGUGGGGUAUCGUCAACAAUGCCGGGCGCUCGCUGCCCAUGGGUCCGUCAGAGUGGAUGAGGAUCGAGGACUUCCAUAGCACGUUGCAAGUGAACAUGAACGGGGUGAUUAGCAUGACAAUGACCUUCCUGCCGCUCAUCAAGCAGGCCCACGGGCGUAUCGUUAACGUGGCAUCGGUGCUGGGCAGAGUGGCUGCAAACGGCGGUGGAUACUGCAUCUCCAAGUUCGCCGUGGAGUCUUUCUCCGACUGCCUCAGGAGGGACAUAAACUACUUUGGGGUCAGGGUGUGCAUCAUCGAGCCGGGGUUCUUUAAGACUGCAGUGACAAGCCUCGAACCCCUGGAGAGAGAGCUGCGUCGCUUGUGGAACCAGCUGACCCCUGAAGUACAAGCUAGCUAUGGGGACAAGUACCUUGACAAUUACAUCAAGGUCCAGCGUUUGAUCAUGAACGCCGUCUGUGACUCGGACCUGACCAAGGUGACCAGCUGCAUGGAGCAUGCUCUGACCGCCGCCCACCCGCGCACCCGCUACAGCGCCGGCUGGGACGCCAAGCUCCUCUGGAUCCCCCUGUCCUACAUGCCGUCCUUUGUGGUCGAUAUCGGGCUGAAGUUGGUGCUGCCACGUCCUUCGAAGAGUGUGUGAUGUGAG